AUUUCGUCAACACAAUAAGUUGAAGAAGCAUGGCUCUUCUUGCUGAACCUAAAAGAAAAGCUAAGUUCGGACUUGAUCCGCGGAAUACAAACUGGAGCAAUGGUAUUAUGAAGUACUUAUUUUAUUGUUAAAUAAUCCGCUAAAUUUAGGAUUAAAGUAUAUGUUAAUGUUGUAAACCUAAACGAAGAAAUGGUGUGCACCUCGCUGCUGACUUGCUAGACUGCCUAUACUAUCUAGAUACUUUGGUAAAAAAUGUAAACAUUUUGUAAAAAUAAACCAAUGGCACAGUUGAAUAGAGCUAAUUUUUUUUACAGAAUUAUAACACCAAAAUCAUAUUUUUAGCUGUUGUAGUUUUAAAGUUAUGAAUUUUUAAAGUACGACUUGGUUUGUCCUUUUUUAACAUUAACAUGGUAGUAGAUACUUUGGUCAAAAAUGUAAACAUUUUUAAAAAAUAAAUCAAUGGCACAGUUGAAUAGAGCUAAUUUUAAACAGAAUUAUAACACCAAAAUCAUAUUUUUAGCUGUUGUAGUUUUAAAGUUAUGAAUUUUUAAAGUACGACUUGGUUUGUCAUUUUUUAACAUGGACUGCAUCUCCACAUUCUGUGACCUCAAUCCACUGAUCGCGUCAUGCGCAAUGACUAUAUAGUUUAUAUAAGGCAACGCAUUCCCUAUCACUAAAAUACUGUUUAGGGUCGACUUAUUUUAAACUUUCAACUUUGGCACAUGAAUAAUUAAUAAAAGCUUUCCCUGACCAAUGGUUUAAUAGCUUUUGCACACGGCAAACUCUUAUGAAUGAAACUCUGAGAUAGUACUACGACGUAGCCGUUAUGCAAGUGGCUGUGAAUGGUUGCCAAUGACAACGUGUUGCACAGGGAAAAUUCUGAUCAUUUAUAAUAUGGACUCUGCAGGGUUUUUAAAGCUCAAAUUAAAACAUUUCCAGUUUAAAUGUCUUCAAAAUGCAUUCUGAAACACAAAAUAUAAAAUAUUUUGAUGUAUAUAGUGGUAAUAAUUAAAUAUUUCCUAAGUAUCGGCAACUUCCGCCAUUAAAAAGGGGGCGUGGCCCACGCCAUGUCGAAAUUAGGCUGAGCCACCUUAUGGUGAUAUGGGUCACUGUGACAAGUGUAACAAACGUGAGACACGACCUACAUCAAUGAAACUUGGCACAGAUAUAGAUCAAUAUCUAAUGCUCAUACAGAUUUAAUAAAAAAGGACCUUAUCUUAUUAUUUCACAAAAAAUUUUGUAUGCGAAGAUGCCUUAUAUAUACCAAAGAUUUUCAAAAUAAAGGUCGAUUGAAAAAAGCAAAAUAGCUGGCUAGAAAUGUAGGCCAAGAUGUCUUCCAAAUUAUAAGGCCGGAAACGGAACUCAAAUAUAUGUGGAAAGAACUAAUUUAAUAAUAAAUAGACACACACAUCGGAAAAUUAAAAACUCGGAUUUUUCGGCGCCGACAGCCAUUUCCGAUACAAAAAAAAUAGUAGUCUCCCUUGUUUCAUCGAAGUAUCUAAACAUGGACUGCAUCUCCACAUUCUGUGACCUCAUUCCGCCCAUCCCGUCAUGCACAAUGACUAUAUAGUUUAUAUAAGGCAACGCAUUCCCUUAUCACUAAAAUACUGUUUAGGGUCGACUUAUUUUAAACUUUCAACUUUGGCACAUGAAUAAUUAAUUAAAGCUUUCCCUGACCAAUGGUUUAAUAGCUUUUGCACACGGCAAACUCUUAUGAAUGAAACUCUGCGAUAGUACUACGAUAUAGCCGUUAUGCAAGUGGCUGUGAAUGGUUGCCAAUGACAACGUGUUGCACAGGGAAAAUUCUGAUCAUUUAUAAUAUGGACUCUACAGGGUUUUUAAAGCUCAAAUUAAAACAUUCCAAUUUAAAUGUCUUCAAAAUGCAUUCUGAAACACAAAAUAUAAAAUAUUUUGAUGUAUAUAGUGGUAAUAAUUAAAUAUUUCCUAAGUAUCGGCAACUUCCGCCAUUAAAAAGGGGGCGUGGCCCACGCCAUGUCGAAAUUAGGCUGAGCCACCUUAUGGUGAUAUGGGUCACUGUGACAAGUGUAACAAACGUGAGACAUGACCUACAUCAAUGAAACUUGGCACAGAUAUAGAUCAAUAUCUAAUGCUCAUACAGAUUUAAUCAAAAAGGACCUUAUCUUAUUAUUUCACAAAAAAUUUUGUAUGCGAAGAUGCCUUAUAUAUACCAAAGAUUUUCAAAAUAAAUUCGAUUGAAAAAAGCAAAAUAGCUGGCUAGAAAUGUAGGCCAAGAUGUCUUCCAAGUUAUAAGGCCGGAAACGGAACUCAAAUAUAUGUGGAAAGAACGAAUUUAAUAAUAAAUAGACACACACAUCGGAAAAUUAAAAACUCGGAUUUUUCGGCGCCGACUCCCAUUUCCGAUACACAGUGAUACACAAAAAGCAGUAGUCUCCCUUGUUUCAUCGAAGUAUCUACAUAUAGUAAUUUACAUUUCAAUUAUUUUGUAACCUCUCCUCCACUCUGACUCUAAAUACUAACCACUCAACUAUAGACUAUUGUUUAGAAUGAAAUCAUAUGCUGAGUAUAAGUCAUAAGUGUAAGAUAAGCGCUGUCACAGCAUGUAUACAACUUACAAGGCACUAUAUUAUCACUUUAAAAGUGUUCAAUCAUCGUCAUAAUAAAACUUGGGGCUGAUUUUGGGUUUAAAAUUAGCGGUAAGGCCGGCUGUAUUUUUGUCAUGGCGUCGCAACCCCCCCCCCCCCCCCCCCCCGUCAACUUCCAUACGUAAUAGUGCCGUAUAAUACUGAGUUAUCCAAUAUUUCCUAUGCUAUUGUCGCUAUUAAUGCAUUGAUGCCCAUUUCCAAUGCAAAUUAAGUAGUGGUUUCCAAAGUUUUUGCAUACGGUACCGGUACUUGGAUCUUGAACUAAUUAAAAGUAGGUACUUCGCUAAGCUGCGAGCACCGGUUGAUUUUUUGGAUGCGAGAAACAGACCAUUAACCGGCGACCGGAUUUUCACAGACUGAUUUUUUAAAAUUAUUUAAAUUGAUUGUUUUAGUGGCUAUCUGUUCAUUUCUUGCUACAAUGGAGCCAAGCUGUUCAGCAACAUACCACUCAGAUUUACUGAUAGUAAAGCCCUAGAAUAAUUUCAAUUUUAGUAAUUGCCAGUCAUAUUGAAAUCUGAUAAAACAAACAUUACUACCGUAUUCUAAUACUGAAGACCUGAUUGAGACAGUGUAUGGAGGAGAAUAAUUUUGAUUAAAACAGGUUGAAAUAUGUUUAAUGAUUAAUGUAUCACUUUCCUCCAGUAAAGGAGGCAUUGCCCUGUCCAAUGGGUAAAAAACAUUUAUUAGCAACAGGGAGAAGAUUUUCCAAAAAAGAACUACUGUCUAUUGAUUCUAAUCCUAAUGGUAGAAGCAUUGUUAUAAUAGCCAAUCGUCACACUGCUGGCACGUCAUCAAAAUCUGUGUACCAUAAUGUUGCCAACAUGUUCUAAUUUUUGUUUAACCUCUUUGUAAAACUAUUAACACAUUAAUCAAGUUGUCAUGUAAAAGUAAAUUUUAUGAUCCUACACUUAGUACCUUUUUUUAAACUUUAUUUGCAGAUGAUAAUAAAAUUGGCCAGCGGCUCAUGGAGAAAAUGGGAUGGGAAAAGGGGAAAGGUUUGGGUGCUAAUGAAGAUGGUAUGAAAGAACACAUUAAGGCCAGUUACAAAUCAGACAGCAGAGGUAAGUUCUGCUCAUGUGUUGUCAAUUACUGCAUUAAACUUUUAAAAUAUUUGUAUUAAUCAAGUCUGAAAAACAUUUUAAGCAAGCAUAACAAAAAAAUCAUUAUUAAAAACUAGCUUAAUUUUGAACAUGCUGGAGAUUUUUAAAUAAAUAUUUUUACAGCCUUAUUUUUUGUUCUGGUCAGGUCUUGGCUUUACUGCAAAGGAUGCAGAUGCAUGGAUCGCCCACCAGGAUGAUUUCAAUGAAUUACUGAAGACCUUGAAUUCACAAAGUGGACCAGAAGAGCCUAAAGAGAAAAUAAAAGAGGAGCAAAGGCCACCUGAUGGACAAAAAAGAUAGCAAGUGUUAAUCUCAGUCAAAUUUUAGUAUUUACCAGUCAUAAUUUUUGUAGAUUAGUAGUAAGAGGUUUUAGGGUUUUGUGACUUUAAGAAAGAAAGAUUUCCCAAUAUUUUCCAGAUACAACUCGAUAUUGAUGUCACCAUUUUCUUGUCAUGAUUCUUUGGGGAUUACAUAAGCGGUGACCUACAUAAGCUUAUUAUAAUUUUCAGAUUAAGCUAUUUAGUUCUACAUUGCUAGAAAAAAAAUAUCAGAUUUUCUUUGUACCAUUUAAAAGUAAUUAAAAUUAAACAGGAUAGUUUCAUAAAUGAAAGAUUUACAUUUUAAAACUUCAAAUUGUUGUGUGUGAGUAACCAGCUAAGUAAUUUGCUUCCGAUUUUCUCCAUUUGUUGUUUCAAUUUAUUCUUUGGCUGCAACCUGAAAAUUUAAUUUGAUUGCUUACAGCCUUCAAGUUCAAGGCCAACUUUCUUAUCUAAAUAAAUAUUUGUCUCUCCUUAGCCGUGGACGCUUUGCACGGGGGAGUGUGCAGACACUGAGGAGCGUUGAGGAUCUUGACUGCAUAUUUGGUAAACGGAAGAGCAAGACAAAUGUAUGUCUAAGAGUUUCUUAUCAUGAAGUUUUUUUUUUUAUUUAUUUAUUAAAUGUGUAUAUAAUAAAUGUUUACAGUCUAUUUUCACGCAGUUCAAAAUUAAAAUUUUUGUUACAAUUAAAUGUUGAGAAGAGGUAACAUGGGAUUACGAUGAUUUAUUUUAUUUAAAUCAUAUUUCGUUGAUCAGAGUAGCUCUACUAAGUCAUGAUCUCAGCUCAUAAUUCUCUGUUUGUGAGCAUGUUUUUUAUUCAGAUUUUCUUUCAUAGGAAAUGACUUUUCGUCUUUAUUUUCUGUGUUCAUACAGAAUGAUACUGAGGCUGAGGAGAAUAAGCAUGGACUUACCUCCGUCACAAGCACUUCGAGUGUUCAGGAGUAUUUUGCAAAGAAGAUGGCUGAGAUGAAGGCGAGGAAGGAAAGCUCCACUAAAAUAGACGAUGAUGAAGUAAACAUGGGCAGACAGUCCACAUCUGGGAAAGAAGCAUUGGAGAAAAGGGUACCACCAUUGUAUGGAAACGUUAUGUUCAGCUAUGACGAAAAUGAGGCAGACAAGGAGUGCGACAAUCCAGAAAAAGAUUCAGACACAAAACUUGACCGAGGUUGGUAUCAGGAGUGGCCAGGAGAAAACAAGCCGGAACAAGAGAGUGAAACAAGGAAGAAAAAGAAAAAAAGGAAAGAUAAAAAUCCCUCGAUAGAUUCAAAUGUAAUUGAAACUGAAGUGUGGAAAGAGUCGGUCGAGUCUGAAGAGGUGGUCACUGGGACCACUAAAAAAAUUAAAAAGUCAAAAAAACAUAAAAAGGAAAAUAUAGAUGUUGUCAAUUCAGAGGAGGGGCGAAAUAUUAAGAUAUCAAGCUCAGGUAUCAAUAAAUAUAAUGGCAAUGAUCAAGUAGGUGAACUUGCUGAGACGAGAGGAUGUUCCAAGAGCACUAAGAAAUCGAAAAAGAAUAAAAGCAUUGAAAGAGAUGAUCAGAACUCAUCAAAACUAAUAAAGGACAAAGAUAAUGACCUAGUUAAUGGUCUGGGGGUGAGUGAAUGUGAUGGAGGAGGGGGAAGCUGUGAUAUGGAGCAAACUGAUUUCAAAAAUUCUAAAAAGAAUAAGAAAGGAGUGCUUGACGGGGCAGAGAGCUCUGGAAAGCAAAACGAUGUGCAGGAUCCUGAGAGCACAGAAAAUAGGAAGAAGAUAAAAAGAAAGAGAGACCGUUCCAACGUGGCUGAUGGUGUCACUGAUGCAAACCAGGAUGCUGAUUCUGCAAGCAGAGAUCUAGAUGCUGAGAACGUGGAAAAGAAAAAAAAGAAAAAGGAUAAACAAAAUCAAACUUGUUUAGAAGAAAAACUGUUUGAUGAUUCGACAGCAGAUAAGGAAGCUGAAAAAAAGAAAAGCAAAAAGAGAAAACGCGAGGAUUCAGAAGUGAGCGAUGUGAAAGCUAAUUGCAUUAAGUCAGCUGUGGAUCAGAAAUGUGAAGCAGGUAAUCAGUCUGUGGAUCAGAAUGUUGAAAGUUCUGUUAUAACAAGGACUCUCGGGAUAGAUAAAAAGAAGAAAAAAUUGAAUCGUAAGAAAGUAGUAAAGGAAAAAAUCAAAAAGCAAAAGGCGGCUGAAAACAGCAUUUUUCCUGGCUCUAAUCUAUCAGACAUCAAUGGCUAUGCAAUGGCAAGGAGAGCUAACCAUUAUGUACACAUUGUAAAUAAACCUAACACAAAAAAGAGAAGUGCAAAAAAAGGGGGGUCAAAGUGAAAGACAAACAGGUUUUAAAGAGAAGUUAGUCGACAAAUUUGUCAGUUGUUGGAAAAAUGUGUCUCUUCAACUGACUGCUUAUAAAUGGCCAUCUGUUAGAGUUAGCGGUAGCAUUUCAGUGUUCUACAAUCCCAAGGAUUCUGAUUAGUGAGAAGUUAUAUCAAUUAGGCACACAGAGACUAAGAUCAGAAGUUGAAUGGUCUUGUUGAUUAGAUUUGAUCUGUUUGGACAACAUGGCAUGACAUACGUUUGGACAACAUGGCAUGACAUACACUAUGAUACACAGAAAUAAACAAAGAAAAGUCUGUACUUUGGUUUAAUUUUAAUAUUUUUGGUUUAAUUUUGAUAUUUAAUUAAGUUCACAAAGAACAAAUUUCAAU